AUAUAUUCUAACUAGUCAAACUAACCCCUUAAAUUUACUAGUGACGCAGACGAUAAAUUAGUUGCUCGCUGUUACCGCAGGAACACGAGUGUUGUUAUAUUGAUCCGCCAUUGAUGAUCAAAAACAUAAGGCUCUGAAACCCUAACUCUCUCACUUUAUUUUUUCUCUAAGCAUCCAGAUUUUUAGGGUUCGUUUCGAGGAAUUUCGAUUAAUCAGUUGAUCCACAAUUUAUUUGGAGUAUUACCUGUCUUCUUUAGGUUUGUUUUAUCUUAUUUACUUCAAUUUGCGUUUCCAAUCAUUUGAUUUAGGGUUCAGAGUGUUGUUUGCAUUAAGAUCGACUUCCAUUAUGACAAUCAAAGACAUGUAUAAAUUCUGUGUUGUAACGUUAUGGUGAAUUGAUUGUGCUUUUCCAUACACUCUAAUUUUUAUCCAUUCUUUUAGAUUUGGAUCAUGGGGUAGAUUUAGGGUUUUCAAUUCCAUACGCAGCUCUGUUUUGGUUCUUUGUCAUACAUAUGUCUAUUGAAUCAACUAUUUUAUUUGAAAUUGUCAUGAGGUGAAGCAAAUUUGGUUAUUUGGGCUCUUUAAUUUGGGUUUGGCAGUAAAAGGCUGGCCUAUACCAAAUUUGGUUCAGUUCCAACUAAAUUAAGCCCCUAAAUGGGUGAAUGUAAACUCUUUUUUAAUUAAGAACCCACCUUGCCUGAACAAUUAUGAUUCUUUCCAUUUGCUGGUUCUGUUUUAGAAUUGUUCUCUAGUUAUAGGUCCAGAUUUAAGAUUUCAUCUUGAUGUAGUUCUUCACAAAGGCCAAAACAUGAGAUUGCUGUAGUAUACUCCUCUUGAUUUUGAUUCCAGGGAGCCCUUAAAUUUGAGUUUCAUGAUUGCCUUUGUUGAGCGAUAAUUGGUUUAGAUUCUAUACUUUUAAGUUUCAUGAUUGCCUUAAAUUCUAUACUUACUACUUAGAUUCUAUACUCCUCCACAGUAUGAUCAUAUGAACCAAAUCUAACACUUGGUAUUACAUCACAUAUUAAGCUCCAAAACAUGAGAUUGCUGAAGUAUACUUCUCUUGGCUUUGAUUCCAGAGAGUCCUUAAAUUUGAGUUUCAUAAUUGCUUUGUUGAGUGAUGAUUGGUUUAGAUUCUAUACUUAAAGUUUCAUGAUUGCCUUAGAUUCUAUACUUAGAUUCUAUACUUCUCCACAGUAUGAUCAUAUGAAUCAAAUCUAACACUUGGUGUUACAUCACAUAAUUAAGCUCAAAACAUGAGAUUGCUGAAGUAUACUUCUCUUGGCUUUGAUUCCAGGGAGUCCUUAAAUUUGAGUUUCAUAAUUGCUUUGUUGAGUGAUGAUUGGUUUAGAUUCUAUACUUAAAGUUUCAUGAUUGCCUUAGAUUCUAUACUUAAAGUUUCAUGAUUGCCUUAGUUUCUAUACUUGGAUUCUAUAUCCUCCACAGCAUGAUCAUACGAACCAAAUCUAACACUUGGUAUUACAUCGUAUAUUACGUCCCAACCCUAUACAAUUUUGCACCUGAUGUAACCAGUACAAAUUUUGGAACCAAAUGCCCCCGUUAGGAUAACUAAACCAAAAGCUUAUUGGGGGCUGUAAUUAGAGUCUUGGAGUAAAUAUAAAAUCUUUCAAUAAUUAUUGAUGUUGCAUGUUCUGUGCGAAUGCUUGGCAUUUGGCAAGGUUUUGGUCGACAAUUGUAAUGACGAUUUUAAUCUGCAGUUUGCUCUCUGAAACAAAAGUUGUUGCUCAUGUUUCUUACUAGUGAACUGUACUUGGGUUAUCCAUGUCUUCAACAAAUAGUAUACUGUGUGCCUAUUGCUCAUGAACCAUUAGAUUCUUGCGAACGGGUUUGUUUACCUUAAACUCUCUGAAGUUAACUGUUAUUUAUGCGUAAUACUUGUAAUUUUUGCUGUUUAGGUUGCGUCGCGAAGUUUCCUUAUUAAAUCUGAUUGCUUUAAGUCCCUACAAGUCCUAAACUUUUUUCUGAAAAGAAUUCAAGAUCCCAAGAUGAACUCUCGAAAGCAGAGGUCACAGAGGCCGAUGACUUCAAAAGUAACAGAAGAUUAUAUGAGGGUGUUACAAGAUGGUGCAGCAACUUUGCCAUUUCCAUUGAGAAGCACACAGAAAACAUCCAGAAAAGGCAUGAAGAAUGACAUAAUGUUGUAUCGGCCACAAGAGAGAUCAAAGUCUUCGGCUCAGAUAGACGCUUCAAAUGUCGGAAACGAGUAUAUGGCUCUUCGACGCAAGUUCUUGCUGCUAGAGGAGGAGAGCUGCAGCUUGGGAAGUGAGUUGAGAGAGGCGGAAGACGAGAUUAAGAGUCUAGAAGAUGAGAAGCUUCAGCUCUUGGAUCAACUUAUUGUAUUGGAAGGCCUAGUUGAUCUCUGUGAAGUGCCCAACCAGUAGAUAUUGCUAUUUGUAAAUGGCUGCUACCAAUAACAGCAAACAGGAAAGAUAAGACUACUGCAUUUUUAUUUUUUUUAUAUAUAGUAGUAUAUUUUCGUUGUGUA